ACACGAGCCGAGGCCACCGGCUGCCACCAGCGCCGGCCACACGCCGGGGUGACCGCGCCGAGCCCCCGAGCCGGAGGAGGAUGGCAGCCGGCGACGAGAAGCGGCACCUCCUGAGCGAGGGCACAGGCGGGUCCUGUGCGGGGGCCGUGCGGGGACAGGCGGCAGCCCUGGAGCUGGGGACACGGCGUGGCCAGCACUGCCACACGCGGGGGACCCACGGCCACCCCGGCCAGCAGCAGCGGGCACGCAGGAAGCUCUACCUGGCCGCUGGCAUCUGCCUCUUCUUCAUGGUGGGGGAAGCCGUGGGCGGGUACCUGGCACACAGCCUGGCCAUCCUGACGGACGCUGCCCAUCUCCUGACGGAUUUUGCCAGCAUCAUGAUCAGCCUCUUCUCGCUCUGGGUGUCCUCACGCCCCCCCACCAAAACCAUGAAUUUCGGAUGGCACCGGGCAGAGAUCCUGGGGGCUCUGCUCUCCGUGCUCUCCAUCUGGGUGGUGACGGGGGUCCUGGUCUACCUGGGGGCCCAGCGCCUGCUCUCGGGUGACUACGACAUCCAGGGUGGGGUCAUGCUCAUCACCUCCGCCUGCGCCGUGGCCGUCAACAUCGUGAUGGGGGUGGCCCUGCACCAGCCGGGGCACGGCCACAGCCACGGGGCAAGCGGCGAGCAGCCCAACGCCAGCGUCCGCGCCGCCUUCGUCCACGUCGUGGGGGACCUGCUGCAGAGCGUCGGAGUCCUCAUCGCCUCCUACAUCAUCUUCUUCAAGCCCGAGUACAAGUACGUGGAUCCCAUCUGCACCUUCCUCUUCUCCGCGCUGGUGCUGGGCACGACGCUGACCAUCCUCCGCGACGUCCUCCUGGUCCUCAUGGAGGGGACCCCCAAAGGGAUGGAUUUCAACGCGGUGCGGGAGACGCUGCUGGCGGUGCGGGGCGUGGAGGCCGUGCACAGCCUGCACAUCUGGGCGCUGACAGCGGCACAGCCACUGCUCUCGGUGCACAUCGCCAUCAACGCGGCUGCCAGCGCGCAGGAGGUGCUGGAGGAGGCCAGCUCCCGGCUGCAGGGCGCCUUCCGCUUCCACACCACCACCAUCCAGGUGGAGAGCUACUCCGAGGAGAUGCGGGACUGCCGGGAAUGCCAGCCCCCCCGUGACUGACUCCCUGGAGUCCCGGGGGCACUUCUCAUGUGUGGAAAAUAAAGCAGAGCACACGGGGGUGUUGGGGGA